AUGAGCGACGUGGUGGAGCGGACGCUGAGCGCGCUGCCCGGGCUGCUGGGGCAGCACGACCCGGGCGCCGGGCCGGGCGGCGCCGCCGGCCCCGGCAGGGCCUCGGCCACCUCGCGGCUCGGGAGCCUGAUCCGCAGCAUCACGGCGCUCACCUCCAAGCAUGAAGAAGAAAAACUAAUUCAGCAGGAACUAAGCAGUUUGAAAGCCACAGUUUCUGCCCCCACCACAACACUUAGACUGAUGAAAGAGUGUAUGGUGAGACUCAUCUAUUGUGAAAUGCUGGGGUAUGAGUCUUCCUUUGGAUACAUCCAUGCAAUCAAGCUAGCACAACAGGGAAAUCUUUUGGAAAAAAGAGUUGGUUACUUGGCAGUUUCUUUAUUUCUCCAUGAAAAUCAUGAACUGCUACUUCUGCUUGUGAACACAGUUGUGAAGGAUUUACAGAGCACUAAUCUAGUAGAGGUGUGCAUGGCGUUAACCAUUGUCAGCCAGAUCUUUCCACGGGAGAUGAUUCCAGCUGUUCUUCCCCUAAUAGAAGACAAGCUGCAGCAUUCUAAGGAAAUAAUCCGAAGAAAAGCUGUUCAGGCUUUGUAUAAAUUCUAUCUCAUUGCACCCAACCAAGUCCAGCACAUUCAUGAUAAGUUCCGGAAAGCUCUGUGUGACAGGGAUGUUGGUGUCAUGGCUGCUUCUUUGCACAUUUAUCUUCAAAUGGUUAAGGAAAACUCAUCUGGAUACAAGGACUUGACUGCAAGUUUUGUAACCAUACUAAAGCAGGUAGUGGGAGGAAAGCUCCCUAUUGAUUUCAAUUAUCACAGCGUGCCAGCACCAUGGUUACAAAUUCAGCUUUUAAGAAUAUUGGGGCUGUUAGGAAAAGAUGAUCCAAGGACAAGUGAAUUGAUGUAUGAUGUUCUGGAUGAAUCUUUAAGAAGAGCAGAGAUAAAUCAUAAUAUUACAUACGCCAUCCUAUUUGAAUGUGUCCAAACAAUAUAUACAAUUCAUCCCAAGUCUGAACUACUUGAAAAGGCUGCUAAGUGCAUUGGAAAAUUUGUUUUAUCAACCAAAAUUAAUCUGAAGUAUCUAGGUUUAAAGGCUCUGACGUAUGUUAUCCAGCAAGAUCCUAACCUGGCGCUUCAACAUCAGAUGACAAUAAUUGAGUGUCUUGACCAUCCUGAUCCCAUUAUUAAAAGGGAGACUUUAGAGCUUCUCUAUAGAAUUACAAAUGGACAGAAUGUAAUUGUUAUAGUUCAGAAGAUGCUCGACUACUUAAAACAAAGCAAGGAAGAAUAUACUAUCAUCAGGUUAGCUGGCAAAAUAGCAGAACUAGCUGAGAAGUAUGCCCCUGACAAUGAAUGGUUCAUCCAAACAAUGAAUGCAGUGUUCUCAGUUGGAGGAGAUGUGCAUCCUGAUAUCCCAAACAACUUCCUGAGGCUGCUGGCUGAAGGAUUUGAUGAUGGAAAAGAAGAUGAACAGUUAAGGCUGUACGCAGUGCAGUCUUACUUAGCAUUACUAGAAGAGGAAGAUACAUUCUAUCCACAGAAAUUUCUUCAAGUUAUGAGUUGGGUUUUGGGGGAAUACUCUAGCCUCGUUACAGAUGUUGAUCCAGAGAUUAUUUUGAUGCGGCUACAGAGGUUGCUGAAGAAGACUUCUGUUACUCCUGAAACUAAAGCUUGGAUAAUGGCUGCAGUCACCAAAAUAGCAUCACGUACCUCCUGUUCUAAAACAGUUGACAAACUAAUCCAAGAAUUCAGCACCUCUCUAGAUACCUGCAUGAGGCAAUAUGCCUUUGAAUUAAAGCAUCUAUGUGAAGACAAAGUAUUGAUGAAAAAUUUGCUUCCUUUUGAUGCUAGUUGCAAUGACAUAGUGGUAGAUGCUUCCUUGUCUUUCCUGGAUGGGUUUGUGGCUGAGGGACUUGGCCAGGGUGCAUUACCAUAUAAACCUCAUCACCAGAGACAAGAGGAGAAACUUUCUCAGGAAAAAGCUCUGAAUUUUGAACCUUAUGGAUUGUCAUUUGCUUCAAGUAUGUCUUCAUCUGCCUUCACUGGCAGACAGUCCCCCACUGGUUUAUCUUUUGGUUCUGAUACAUCUGGUAACAGCGCUGAGACAGGGCAUAAAGAGACAAAUAGUCUGAAACUUGAUGGAGUGAGGAAACUCUGGGGAAAAGAAGGCUAUCUUCCAAAGAAGGAAAACAAGAUAGGAAAAGAAGGUGAACCUCUGACUGUUCCUUGUGGCAGCUUAUUAGCAGGAAGUGUGGCUGAUCCCCCUGUGUCACAGUCUGAUCAAAUUGCCAGCCUCUCUGAGGAAGAAAAAGAGAAGCAGCAGUUAGCAUCAACAUUGUUUGUUGGGCUAGGAUCAAAUGCUGGUAUCAGUCUGAUGGGGAAGGCAGACAUGGCUACUCAAAAGUUCAAAAGAAAAUCAAAGAUAAAUGAAGCUCAAAAUGCUGAGGAAACAUCAGACAUCCAAAAUAGUGCUGCUUCAACUCUUGGCCCUUUGCUUGAUACACUACCUAGUAACAAGGAAGGCCAUGAGGGAGAUGAACACGCAAGGUUAAUGAAGGCCUCUUUGUGUUCUGCAGAUACUGUGGAAGAUAAUUUAGCAUUUGAAAAACUUCAGUCUUUAAAAAAAUCUGUACCGGAUAACAAACUUUUAGAUAGUAGGCUGUCAUCAUCCUCUUUGUUUGCUGAUAGUAAUAUUGAAAUUUUUUGUCCUUUGCCAAGUACUGAAUGUGAAAGUGCCAGUAAAACUCUCUUGGCCCCUUCCUUACCAGCAGAACUAGCAGAGCUCCCUCACUCUGAAGUAGUGAAACUUUGUCAGAGUGAUGACCUAGCUCUGCAUUUAUGUAAAGUGUGGACAGAUGACUCUUUGCUGCUCACCAUGUUUAUUUCAAAUAACAACACUUCUGCAGUUAAUGCUGUGAACCUAGUGUUUGAAAAAACAGAACAUUUUCAGAUUUUGGAGAGUCCCACCUACCAGUUUUCUGUAAUAAAAGCUCAGAGUGUGGAACAUUGCCAGCAACGUGUGCAGAUGGACAAAGUCUGUACACAGGGAGUUCUUUGUGGCUGCAUUAAUUACCAGUCAGAGAUGGAAACUUGCCUUGAAUUUUCAAUAACUCUAUCAUUGUUGGACUUCAUCAGGCCAAUGGAAAUGACUACAGAGGACUUUGGGAAGCUGUGGCUGUCCCUCUCCAAUGAUGUGAAACAGAAUCUAAAAAUGUCAUCUUCUCAAGAUUCCUUUUCAGCAGCUCUGAGUACACUGCAACAGAAGCUAAAACUCCAUAUAGUUGAUAUUAUAGGUAACGAGGGAAUACUGGCAUGCCAGCUGCUUCCAUCCGUGCCCUGUCUGCUGCACUGUCGUAUUCAUGCAGGGAUGCUGGCUUUGUGGUUCAGAUCUUCUUGUUCUGCUCUUCCAGAUAGUUUGCUCUAUCAGUGUCAAAAGGUAAUGGAAGGAUCCUAAUAAUAAUAGUGCCUGCCUUAAUCUAUGGGUAUAUGAAAAUCAAAUGGAAGAUUUAUACAGUUGCACGAUAGUAACCAAAGCUAAAUAAAGAUACCAAUUCUGAGAAGUAUUGAAAGUUUUCUUCCAACUGGCCUAUGUCAUGUGGACUUGUAGGGACAAAUGAUGAUGUAAAGUAUGCCUGGAAAACCAUGCUCAGGAUUGUACAGUCACUGACAAGUCAUCUGCUAAAGUAUUGUUACCUGUUUAAGUGAAAUGUGUAUUUCUUACUUUUGUUGUAAAUGACUGAAAGUAUUUAUUUUUAUUAUGUAAUUUUUAUAGAUGCCAGCAGUCAUUCCUCAUGGAAACUGUAUAAAUAAUAUGAUUUUAUGGAAAAUGUAUCUCUCUUAUGAGGUCAGACUUGAACAUUGAUCAAGAUCUUCUCAUUUUAUUUUAAGAAUUUUUCUAAAGCUGUUUUUUUAACAGUUCUGGCAAUGAGACCUGUAUUGGUUGUUGUAUGAAGUACCUUAUAUGUAAACAAAUGUAUGAUUUGGAAAUAAUUAUAAGACUUCAGUCAGUAAUACUUUUCCCAUUAUCUUUGACAUUGGCACUUAGGUAUUUAGUGGUAAUAUCUAAGUAAGAUCCUAGUAGAAGACAGGCAUGUGAAAUGGAGACUGUUUAGAAGUACCUCAUGGAGGGUGAUCAUUAAAGGCUUUUUGAGUUUUUGUCUGCACAGAUUCCUUCCUCUUGCUCAGUCAUCUUGCCUCUGCCUUAGGAUGUGCAAUAGUUGCUGAAUCUGUGUGCAUGUCUGAAGAUAAGUUUCACGCAGAUAGUCUGAGAUAACUGAGCUGGGUAGUUAGGUGUUGUCAAUGGACAUAUUCAGAGCUCUCCAGUCUUAAUCCUUUAUAUUUAAUUUGGCCAAUAUCUCUGUCCAUGAAAACUUACAAGAUGGAAACUUUACUUUUAUUUCUCAUUCUAAUUCUUAGCAUUUUUUUUUUCCAAAUGCGAGUGUAAGACUCUGCAAAACUCUGACCGGUAUGGAUUUGGCUAUAUUGUGGGUGCAUGGCUAGGACCUGCUGUAAGACGUAAGAGAUCUAAGUCAGUCCAGCAUGCAUCCUGAAUGUAUCUGGAUAUACCUCACAGCCUCGAAAAUCUACUGAUUUCAAUUUUUUUAGAUAUUAUAUGAAAUAAUACCAUUUACCAUUAUUUACAACUUGUCAUGUUUUUUUAUUUAAAAACUUUCAGAUUGUACAAACAUUUCUCAUAGAUAUGGUAUAAAUGGAUUCUGCAGCUGAACUCUCUCUAUUAACAAGGAAGUUCUUUGUAGUGUUUCAGUUUUAUCAGUUCUCACCUGAUGAACACUGAUUUUUAAAGGAAAAUAUUCUGGUUUUUUUGCUAAAAGUUCGUGAAAUCACAGUAAGAAUACAAUAUGUAUAUGCUGAUAGUUAAGUGGUGUGGAUUUUUUUUUUAAUGCAAGUGGCUUGACUUUAAGACUUAAUCACAGGUACAAUCACAUAAGGAAAGCUCCUUUUUCACUGCUGUUUCAGUACCCUCUUGUUGAGGGAUUUAAAGUGCACUGAACCUGUAAAUAUAUUUUAUGUUCUGCCUACUUUAAUCAUGUUUACUUGACACUUCAAGACAGUUUAUAUAAAUGAAAAUGAUUUGUAGUGGAAUAAUUUCCAGCAAACUCUUUCCCUGGUGGUAAAUCAGACUUGUGUGAUAAAAUUGGACUUCUGUAUUCAUGUGAAAUGUUACAGAAGUAUCUGUUUCUAGCCUGUGCAUUUACACCAUUUCAGCAAUGAGAUGUUGAAUGUUUUAGUGUUUAAAAAGAACAACAAAAGAUGAUAAUGCCUUCUACUGUUCACGUAUUGCUCUUUACAUCCUUUUUCACUGUACUGAUAGUGUAUGUUAUGCUGUAAAUAUGCAGAUUCUAGGAGCAUAAUCAAGUGCUUUAUGCUAAUGUCACAUAAAGGGUUUUGCAGAGAUUUGUACCUGUGGUACAGUCUUUAUUUUCAGGUUGUCCAGCAAAUAUCUUUCUUAAUCUAUGAUCAUCUUUGCAUUUCUUAUAGUUUAAUAAAAUCCAGUUUAAUAAAAAUUUCAGCUUAA